UAAUGAUUUUUGUCCAGAAAACAUUUGGAUGAUUGACGUGUUGUUAAAAAAGCGAACCGAUAUCGUAUCAUUUGACAAGCCUUUUAUCUCUCAUGCAGGCGGCAUCUGGAACGGUGCCGUCGUGUAUUACGGCACCGUAAUGGAAUCACCGAACGGAACUUUGUUGGCAAUAGGAAAGCAAUGCAAGCCGGGAGCGGCGCAGGUUGAAGGUCCUGCAGCAUCGUGCGUUACUUGCUCGAUUGGAAAAUAUCACGCAAGCAUUCGAGGAGUCGCCGAAUGCUUGAAAUGUCCCACGGGAACGACAACAAAGAAAGAAGGAAGUAGAUCGGUUACAGACUGCAUCUGUGAACCAGAUUACUGUGGGCACGGAAGUUGCAAAGUCUUGGCGACGGACGGCGCUGUGUGCAGUUGCCCUUUUAUCUUUGUCGGUAACCGAUGCAACAACAUCAACUAUUUCUUGAUUGUCAUGAUACUCGGAGGAUUAACGGGCUUCGUCGUGGUCACUACAGCUCUUGUAUGUUGCGGUCUGAGAACGAUACGUCAUCGCAGGUCGAGGCGACGAACGGAAAAGGAAUUGGAAGAGACACGCAAAGCGUUUACCAUUCUCUCGCAAGAAAUAGAAUUGCAAGGUCGACUGGACGAAGAUUGUCCCGGUGGAUACGGUCAAGUCCAUAAGGCCAGAUACAGAGACUGGACAGUGGCGGUUAAACAGUUACAGCUUGUGAUGAUGGAAUGGGCUGAUAUAAGAAGAGAGUUUCUUAGAGAAAUUCAAUUCAUGAGAACGGUACGUCAUCCUAAUAUUGUCAUGUUCAUCGGUGCCGGUCAGUACGAAGAGGUACAACCAUUUCUUGUGGUAGAGUUUAUGAGCGGCGGAGCUCUUCGCUCGCUUCUAGACAACGACGACGUCCAACUUACUCUAAGCGACCAACUUCGGUUUGUUCUGGACACUGCGGAGGGAAUGAAACAUUUGCAUAUGCUAGAUCCACCUCGCAUUCAUAGAGAUUUGAAGAGUGCGAACCUGUUGCUGAGCGAAAAGAGACGCGUCAAAGUGUCCGACUUUGGUUCUGCUCGUCUAAUACCACGAGUAAACGGAAAUGAAUCUCGGCGAGCGAAUAAUCGUGAACGAGAAGACGACAUGCCGCUUUUGAGCAGCAGUAGUCACCUUACCCAAAGGUUCAUUGGAACAAGCCGUUGGCGUUCACCCGAGUUGUGGAAAAAAGAAAUAUACGGAACUGCGACGGACGUCUACAGUUUUGCAAUAGUCGUGUGGGAGAUCGUGACAAGACAGACGCCGUUUUCUGGGAACGAGUACAAAUUUGAUGCAAGGAUCGAAGAUGCAGUAAUAACUGGUGUCAGACCGACUCUACCGGCCGAGACCGACAAAGGUUUACGUUAUAUUAUCGAGCAAUGUUGGCAAGGAAAACCAAAGGACAGACCGACUUUUGUAGAUAUCGUGGUCCUGGUUCGGUCUAUACUGCAAUCAACGCAGCAAUCUGAAAAUGACGUCAUCGAUGUUGAACGUCAGUAUUCCUUCGUUGUACAGCCUUCAAACACUCCACGUUGCGUGACAGACGACCUCGAUGCAACUCGAUCUGUCUAGAAGCUGAGCAAUAUUAGACAUGUAAAAUUAGCUAAGCUAGUGUACUAGCUAGACUAUGCUAGUUACAGGUAAUCGCAGUGUCUGCACUUUCAACUUAACUUAAUUCCAUUCUAGUCAACGACUUACAAAUGGUACAGUACAAUCUGUAGAUUUUUUGGUAGACAAGUGUCUUUUGCAGAGUAAUUAAUUAAUGAAGCAUGCAUGUGCGUAUACUCUCGCUUGGACAUGCAUGCAUCAAUGCAUAGACAUACAGUAGCUAGAUAAGCAUUUUAAUAAAACUACAAUACAAUUACAAUUA